UUUCAAGAUAUGGCCGAGUACAAUCAACCUGUGGUGGUCGACAACGGCAGCGGCGUGCUGAAGGCUGGCUUUGCGGGCGGCGAACUUCCUCAAGUGGUCUUCCCUUCCUAUGUUGGUACCACGAAGCAUCUGCGCAUGAUGGCUGGUGGGGCGUACGAAAGCGGGGACACGUUCGUGGGCAGUCGAGUGCAGCAACACCGCGGGUUGUUCUCCAUCAAGUAUGCAAUGGAGCACGGCAUUGUCACAGACUGGGACCGCAUGCAGCGAAUAUGGGAACACAUGUACUCAAAGGACAUGCUCAACAUCACGAGCGACGAGCAUCCGGUGCUUCUCACGGAAGCGCCGCUCAACCCGGCGGCGAACCGCGUGAAAGCGGCCGAGGUGUUCUUCGAGAGCUUCAACGCUCCCGCGUUCUUUGUUUCUCCCCAGGCGGUGUUGUCCUUGUACGCGUCUGGACGAACCACGGGUGUAGUUCUGGACGUCGGUGACGGCGUAUCCCACGUCGUGCCGGUCUACGAGAGCUUUACCCUACCGCACGCGAUCACACGAAUGGACGUGGCCGGCCGCGACGUGACCAACUACCUCCAGUUGCUGUGUCGUCGGGCAGGGUACAACUUUCAGACAUCGGCCGAGCUGGAAGUGGUCAAGGAGAUCAAGGAGAAACUAUGCUACGUGGCGUUCAAUCCGACGAAAGAAGAGCAGCUGGCGUCGCAUCAUUCCAUCUCGGACGCGACCUCUGGCAACCCGAGUCAUGCCAGUUCCGAAUACCGACUUCCAGAUGGCAACAUCCUCCAACUCGGCCCAGAGAAGUUUCGCGCGCCUGAAAUCUUGUUUCGGCCCGACCUCAUUGGAUCGGAACACACUGGUGUACAGGAUUGCCUCGUACAGGCCAUUCUCCGCGCCGACUUGGACCUGCGCAGGACGCUGUUCUCGCAGAUCAUCCUCAGCGGCGGGUCGACGUUGUUCCCUGGGUUUGGCGACCGUCUCCUGAGCGAAGUCCGGAAGAAGGCCCCCAAGGACAUCAAGAUCCGCAUCUCGGCGCCGCCCGCGCGGCAGUACUCGACCUGGAUCGGCGGCUCCAUCCUCGCGUCCUUGGCCACAUUCAAGACCAUGUGGAUCACCAAGGCCGAGUACGAAGAGCAUGGCGCGUCCAUCGUGCAUCGCAAAACCAUCUAAUCACUUGUCUUCUACAACAAAUACCCAUCAUCACCAAACUUACUGCCUGUCGAGGACACACUAUCUAGUUUUGAUGGGUACUGGCGACUGACUACAUAUGUAUUGCACCAUCACUACGCUUCUUGUUCUACCG